GUUCAGGCCAAUUUUUUUUUUUGCCACCAUGCUAAUGGUCAGCUAUUAAGAAACAACAACGUUGCAUUCAAGCCGGAUUUUUCAGUAUGCAACAUCUCUGGUAGUGCCAAAUGUGUUGUUUUAAUAGCUGAAUUCAAAACUAAAGAACAAAUUGAUUAUCAAUGGAGUUAUGGAACCUAAAGUUUGUGGUGGUCACUGUGAAGGCGAAGAUAUACAAACAGAUGUUACGGGUUUUCCCUCUUCCAAGCUUUACAGAAUGAUCAACACAUCCAAAAUCAAACUACCUAAAAGUUUGGAUCAAAUAUCACUUCUUCCAAACGUGAUUAAACAUUUGUUAUGUUUGAAGGAGAUUGACUUGGAGACUGCCACCAAGAUUGAACCAGCUUCGCUCUAUAGUCACGGUAAUUUAAAACGCCCAGCAUCAAAUCCAUCUACAAGUUGGUUAUCAAAUGGGAACGUUGUCCUCUCCCGCACCCCUAAAAAAAGAGCAUAAGCCAUUCUUAUUAUACCACUGAUUGAUCGUUAAACACUCAAAGACCUUAUCCACCAGAAGCUGGUCAAACUAUUUGUAAAUUGCAGUUAAUUUAUAUUCAAAAUGUUGGGCAAGUUGGCUUCAGUCAUUUGAUCAAGUUAGCCCCAUUAUUCUAGGCAACUUAUCCUCACAUAUAUAUAUGUUUAAAGUAAUUCAAAAAAAUUAGCAGCGUUUUCAAAAAGCUGGUAAAUUGAGAAUGGAAGCACAGUAAUACAAACUAUGCUGUAAUUGCUUAUGUCUGAUCGGUUCAUAACGGACAUUGAAUUUAUAGGACAAACAAUUAAUACUUAUAAUGUCAUCAUGAUGCUUAUCCCUUUUCUUUAUAUUAC